AUUCAACUCACAGGAAAAGGAAGUAGAUAGCAAGAAAUCUCCAAACGAGGAAAAGCGAUGUAUAUCACUUCUUCCCCGUUUAGAAGUAAUCUCUAUUUUUCUAAUUUCGGUCGCCAUUUAACGAGAUUGGUGGUUUGGUGUUACGCACAGUCAUGAUGUUCUUUUUGAGUUUGUCUUUGUAACUGCUUCACUGUUGAUUAUUCAUUCCUGUUUUUUCUUGUUCGAAACUUCUGAUUUGUAUACAAAUUAAAGUGUGUCGAAGGAAACCGAGUUGAAGAUGAAUUAUUUCUUCACAGAAACCCAAACUACAUUGUGUUAUUUGUUGUUUCUGAUGUGUGUCUUUCAAGUUUAUAGUCAACAAUGCCCUGAUUCUUUCAUCGAGUUCGGAGAUGCAAAAUACUGUUACCGCCAUGGAGGAGUACCGUUUGACAGCGCACGGGUCUACUGCAAAGAAAUCGGUGGAGAUUUAACAAUUAUUACAUCCCAGGAACAAAAUGAAUUUCUCGCAGAAAAUUUGGUAUCGGCACCUUCAAGCUCCAACGACAGAUAUCGUUACUGGAUUGGCUUGAAUAGAAAUGACAAUGGCAAUCUGCGGUACAUCAAUGGAGACGCUCCAAGCUAUACAAACUGGGUAUCACCAGCGGCAGAAAACGAUUGUGCUUUUAUCAUAGGAUCUCAGCUCGACAUACAUGGACAAUGGGACAGAAAUCCAUGUUCAAACUUUCGCCGAAGUAUUUGUCAAAUAUUUAAAGCUUUACCCUUGAACAGCUGGGUACCAAUAGGAAACACUCUUUACCACGUGACAGAAGACUGGACCUCUCGAACUUAUAACGGCGCCAAAGAAUACUGUUUGAACCUUGGAGGGAGUCUCGCUCAACCACGAUCUCAACGAGCCAACGAUUUAUUACAAGCUGAUAGUGGAAGUUCUGGAGUAUGGAUUGGAUUAAAUGAUAUCAAUGAAGAAGGAACAUACCAAUGGGAGGAUGGUACACUGCUAGGAGGAAGUUCACCUUGGUGGGAAGAUGGCGAGCCUACAGCGAACUCUGGUUUGGAUUGUGUUCAAUUGUCUCCGAAUGGAUGGAGAGUACAAACAUGUUAUGCUCAACUCAGAUUUGCUUGUCAAUUAAAUCAAGCACUUCCACUCGGUAAUUGGAUCCCAUUUGGUAAGAACGACUACUUCAGGUUGCCAUCUUGGCUGACUCUCCCCUUCCUAGAUGCAAGGGAUUAUUGUCAAACUCUGGGCGGAGAUAUCGCACAACCGAAGGACGAUCAGUCACACGAUUUCCUUCAAGAAACGGUCGAUACAGCGUUUUGGAUAGGAUUAUCUGACACGGAGGAAGAAGGGACAUAUUUAUGGAUAGAUGGGACUAUACAAGGAAACAGCUUUCCUCCAUGGGCACAGGGAUCUACACCUCAACCCAGUGAAAACAAUGACUGCGUUUACAUUCGAAGAGCCGGUGGCUGGAGUGUCAGGGAGUGCACCGCAGCAACACGAUUUGUCUGCGAAAAGUCGCGAGCUCCGGAGCCGAUUCUACCUAUCCGUCUAACCGCCGCAACCCAAACGCCAUUCGGUUCCGACUCCGGAGCUCUGAGGUACCUGUGCCUCUUGAGCUCUCCUGAUGCUGAUGAUCCUACCAUCACUGUCACCACACAGAGACUUGUAAAGCUCAGCCAGUCAUCUGUUGAUGAUGACCUGACCGUGCCUGGGGUCAAUGAGGCCAUGAACCCGGAUUCCUUACCCGUAGUCAUUGAUCAGAGCUUACCCUUAGAUGCUAAUGGGAUGGGUGUGUUCGAAUGCAAGGCCUCAUUGUCACCCGCCGGAUCAACAACCUCGGUAUCAACAGUCAUAUUGCUACAUUCAAGACAGUAUCAACCGGCUGAUGGUCGAUUCACGAAGUCAGUCUACCCUGGGGGUAACAUAUCACUGGGUGUCAGUAAACUAGAGAUGGACAUGGAUCUCUCGAAGGUGAUAUGGCGGAGAUUCUCAAACCUCAAUUCAUUGGACUCGACGCUGGGCCAGAGCAUGGGACAGCUCCACCAUGACGUCACAAUGGCAGAGAGUCAAGAUGCUGAUGUCUACGGGACUUACACGGAUGGAGAGAUCAUUAACCAUGAACAAAGCUUCAUUCGAUUGAUCGUGAUUGGUUGCCCAGAAGGACGUUGGGAUCCUCCUAGUUGCCUAGGUGUUUGUGAUAAUUGUUACAAUGGAGGGAUCUGUCAUCAGCAAUCAGGGACCUGUGUCUGUCCGCCGGGGUUCUCUGGAAAGAAUUGCCUAACAGCUUGUGGUGAGCAUCGAUACGGCUGGGCAUGUGAGUUUGAAUGUGGCUCAGGACAGCCUUUGGACCAGUGUGCCGGAAGUCAGAUCUGUCUACCCGACCCUUAUGGAUGCAACUGUUUGGCUGGUUAUACAGGAGUCUACUGCAAUGAAACUUGCCAGGAAAAAAGGUUUGGUGUUGACUGUAUUCUAGAUUGCCAUUGCUCACAGGAAUCAUUGUGUAACCCUUACAAUGGAAGCUGCUCAGCAGGAUGCGAGAAUGGUUGGUCUGGACCGUCUUGUCAAGUACCUUACACAUGCAGUAAUGGCUACUACGGAGACAACUGCACAGAGAAGUGCAACUGCCUUGACGGACGCCCAUGUGAUAAGGUUACAGGAUCUUGUCUAGAAUCAGAGGGCGAGUGUGCUGUUGGGUAUAUCCCAGAUCCUGAAGGACCCUAUGAUAACUGCAGAUUAUAUUCUGGAUGCUAUGAUUCUUGUUCCAGUACUUGCCAUUGUUUUGAUGGAUCAGCCGAUUGUAACAGUGUUACCGGGUCUUGUUUCUCAGAGACAUGUUCUCUGAGAAGGUCUGGAGAUAAAUGCCAAACAGAUCGGUUCAGCAUUCAAACCGAGAAGACCAACCCCGGCCUAGCCCUUGUCCACUGCAUGUUCUCUUCCAUCGGCCAAUCGAUGCCAUCAGAAAGUAUCAACAUAUCUCGAAAUGAUACCUUUAUCGGUCAAGCAUCAAUAAUCCAAUCCAACUAUUCAACCGAGGACAAUGUUUCAAGAGGGUCCUUCUAUCUGGAAUCUGUUGGUCCAGAUGACAUCCUUUAUUGUACGGUUGGUUUGAUUAAUGGCACUCAACGGCCGAUGAGCUAUGCCCGGAUACCCAAGAGAGAAUAUUAUGUACUUCCAGAACUUGCAACACAACCUUCUGUCUCCACGAUUGGACUUGAUCAGGUGAUGGUCAUGUGGCGUCCGUGGACUCCUGAAAAAGACUUGGGCGAUGGGCCGAUCAUUGGUUAUUACAUCUACGUCAGAUCAUCGGAUGAUGACGUCACAAAAGAAUGGAUACCAUCUCCACAACCUGACCAGCAAAGGACUGGGAACUCUACCAAAUCAAAUAGAAUGCUACAGAAUGAAACUUUGCAUCGCAAUAUUACCGAUUUACAACCAGAUUCCACGUAUUUGUUAUCAUUGAGUGUUGUCAGAGAGGGUCUGAAUGGGGAAGGAGCCGAAGGAGAUGAAAGUCAAUUCAUGACUCUUCCAAUCCCUACAACUGUACCGCCUACCACGGUACCACCUACCACGCCUACCGUAGAACCGGGUAGUAUGAGCCGACAAAAUAAUGUUACGUCGAUUGCUGCUGGAUGUUCCGCUGGAUUCAUAUUGGUUAUUUUGAUUGUGAUUGUCAUUAUACUCUUCGUAAGAUAUCGGAAUAGGAAGACGAAGACAGGAAGAAGAAAUCAAGAGUCACUGCAUUAUGUGAAUACACCCAAGACUUGUUAUGAAGAAGAUGGGACCGGGAUGGAUGAUCUAGAUGGCAAUGGGAAAGACGUCCUUCCUUAUGUUAACAUGGAGGAACUAAGUUCUACAGACAACAUUCUGCAACAAACGGCCAACUCACCAGGUCCCAACCCACCGAGCCGGGCAUGGACGUCACCAGAAAAGAAACCGGUAGCAUCGGUUGAACCGAUAGCCCAAAGUGACCGGAUACCCGUGGAUGAGUUCCCGGCCUUUGUCCAGAAGAACCGGCAUACCGAUUUUUUUAAAGAGGAGUUUAGUUCGUUGCCCAGUGGUAUUCAAUAUCGGCAGACAGUAGCAGAGCGUCCGAUCAAUGCUCAAAAGAAUAGAUACAAGAACAUCCUACCUUAUGACGCCCAUAGAGUGGUUUUAGCACACAUAGACGAUGAGCACGAAACGGAUUACUAUAACGCCUCCUAUAUAUCUAAUUUCAAGUGUGACCGAGCGUACAUCGCAGCACAAGGGCCUAAUACGGCAUCUGAAACAGAUUUCUGGAGAAUGGUCUGGCAAGAAAAAGUAAAAACUAUUGCCAUGGUAACUAAUCUAAAAGAAGGAAAUAAGAGAAAAUGUCAGAAGUACUGGCCUAAUGAUAUCAACCAUACGAUGCAGUUUGGACCGUAUCAAGUUGUGCUUAAAUCGUCAGUAGACGGCGCCGCCUGGGUUGUACGGCAUCUAAUAAUAAGACGGGAUACUGAGUCUCAUAAUGUCUGCCAGCAUCAUUAUACUGAAUGGCCUGACAAAGGUGUACCCAAACAUACGUCAUCGCUUCUUAUGUUUCUGAGAGAGGUCCAAGCGCACCAUGGCCAGAAUGAAACUCCAUUGCUUAUUCACUGCAGUGCUGGAGUUGGUCGAACAGGUGUGAUGAUAGGUAUUGAUGGUAUAGUAGGUGGAGCCAAAGCUACUGGCUUUGUCGAUGUCUUUAGCUUCGUAUCUAACAUGAGACAGAACAGACCACAAAUGGUACAAACAGCGGAGCAAUAUGAGUUUCUUUACCACGCUGUUCUUGAGGAUCUCGUGUUUGAAAACACAUCGAUUCCGUUUGAGAACUUCCCAUCAUACCUCAAAGGGUUAAAGGAACUGCUUCCGGGAGGAAAACAAACCGGUCUUUCAAAACAGUUUAAGAAUCUACAAGUGGUGAGUCCAGAUCCCCCUGAAGCCAUGAAUCGUACAGCUCUUCUCGCAGAAAACCAAUCAAAGAAUAGAUAUGGACACAUCUUACCAUUGCAGAGAAAUCGUGUGAUACUCCAAUCUCGGGACUCUGAGGAAGACUACAUCAACGCAAGUUUUGUCAAGGGUCCGUACUUCAGUUUCAUUACGACUGCGAUGCCGAUGACGAACACGGUACGUGAUUUCUGGGCCAUGAUCUAUGAUUACCAACCAUCACAUAUCGUCAUGCUCAAUGAUGUACACGAAGAUAAGACGUGUGAGCAGUAUUGGUCAGAAAAGAGCGCUAUAACUCAGGGAUGUUUUACCAUCACGGUGACGUCAUCAAAGAGAGACAACAACGUCAUCAGGAGAAAACUUCGAGUUCAGCAUUCAAAAUCAUUGGUAUAUCAUGAUGUUGAUCAAUACCAGUUGCUACAAUGGUGCCGGGAUGGACAUUAUUCAUCACUUCUUACGAUCAUUGAUCAGGUCCAGGAGUCUUCAGAAACACUGGCAGAGCCAUCCAUCCUAGUCCAUUGCUUGAGUGGUGUUGGACGAACAGGUGCAUUUUGUAGUGUAAUGGAGUGCAUCGCACAGAUUGCUGAAACGGGUAACGUCGAUGUCUUUCAAACAAUCAAGGAGCUAAGAGUUGAACGAACGCACUUUGUUCAAACAGAGUCGGACUAUGAGGACACAUAUAUGAUUCUACAAGAUUUCCUGUGCAAGGCUAACACCGAGUUAACACCGUCCGAUAACAGUGACAUGGAACCUACAUACGCUAACAGGGAGAGUGUAUACGCUAACAUCGAACCUCAGCCUGACAGUGGUAAUGGAGGCCAUGCCGAAAAUAGAACUCUGCUACGCGGUCAAACGAAUGCAGUGUAUGAAAACGUGUCAUUUGAUCCUCAUGAAGAAUAGAUACUUUUUAUGUCAUUCUCAUUCUAGGAUCACUCGUCUUUCCUUGUCAGUACUGUACCGCAUACCUGCAAAUUAGCUGCGAUGCAGCUUUCCCCCUCUACUGCAUGAUCCAGGCCAGCUCCCUCCUCUCCUUAAAGGUCAAGUCCACCCCGGAAAAAUGUUAUUUGAAUCAAUCAAUAGAGAAAAAUCAAACAAGCAUAAUGCUGAAAUUUCAUCAAAAUCAGAUCGCUUGUUUGUCACAAAAUGGUUAUAUGCACAACUCAGUGACAUGCAAGUGAGAGUCGAUGAUGUCCAUCACUCACUAUUUCUUUUUAUUUUUAUUGUUUUAAUUAUACAAUAUUUCAUUUUUCCAAUUUGACAUUACGAAACAACUUAACUGAACCAUAAAAUGUUAUAACAAUGGUCAUACCACAUGUUCAGGGAGGAAUAAAACUUUGUUUCACAGGACAAUAAGGAGAAUGUUAGAAUAUUACAUAUUUCAUAUAAUAAAAUACAAAAGAAUUAGUAAGUGGAUGACGUCAUCAGUCUCCUCAUUUGCAUAUAACUGUUUUGUGAAAUUAAGCAAAACUUUAAAAUGUCAUAACUUUCUUAUUUUACAUCCGAUUUUCAUGACAUUUUUUGUAUUAUGCUUGUCGGAUUUUUCUCUUUUCAUUCAAACCAACUUUUUGUUGGGGUGGACUUGCCCGUGGACUUGUCCUUUAAAUUAUUACCAACACUGGAUCAAUUCAAACAAACCUAGAAGACCUACCUCUUCUAAUAUCCUGAUCAUUUAUGACCUGGACUGAGAACAGUACUGACACUGCCUGGUAAUUUGUAUAAUCUCCUAUGCUGACCAGGGCUGGCAUCUCAAUCAAAGUACUUUGUAUCUCAUGAAAAAGGCGCUCUAGAAAUAUACGUAUUAGUAUCAUCAAUGAAGGGUGGAAUGGAAUGGAACGUCAUAGUAUGCAGAUGAUGAUGAUGAUGUAAAAUGAAAUAAUAAAAUGGUAUGAAAAAAUAAAAAUUAUGAAUUUUUCAUUGUGUCAAAAAAACAGAUGUAUAACGACAACAUAUUUUAUAUUACGCAUUUCCUUGUCAGUAAGUUGCCUCAAGUGUUCUCCUUUUACUUUUACAAAUCGUUUUGCACAUUAUUUAUCUUCUUACGAAUUUUUAUAUGAUUACAUUAGAAAAUCAUUUCUUUUUUAAAUUGCAGGUAUAUGUAUCAUGUAGUAUGUAUGCAGAAAAGGGUUUUUUAAGUAUCCCAAUAACUCAUCGCAUCAUGUGGGGACGUCGUGGUCUAGUGGUUAUAUGACUCUUGUCUUUCAAUGUGAGGGGCGUGGGUUCGAUUCCCAGCCUUGGCAUGUUUUCCUUCAGCAAGAGAUUUACCCACAUUGUGCUGCACUCAACCCAGGUGAGGUGAAUGGGUAACCGGUAGGAAGAAAUUCCUUGAAUGCUUCAGCGCCUAUAUGGCAGCACGGCUGGAGCUGGGCUGAUAACAGCAGCGCUUUGUAUCCUCGGGCAAAAAACGCUUAAUAAAUCGCUUAAUAAAUCCAGCUAUUUAUUAUCAUUAUCAAUAUUAUUUUGAUUCAUCAUGAAAAUAUAUUUUGUAUUCUUUAUGUGGUGCAUAUAUAUAUUCUAAGUUAUCGCAGUUUUAUUUUUGUAAUUAAUAACAUGAUGUAAUAAUCAAACUAUCUGAUAUACACAACUCAUUCUAAUUCGUUAUCUGAAGCUGAUGAUGAAAUUUGUAGAAUUUGAAACGUUUAUAAUGCAGUCGUGAAAAUGGUCUGUAACAGUCAUUGUAUUAGAGUCCCUGAAUUUUAGUAAAGGAUCAAGUGAAGAAAAAAUAUGUGAACAUCCUUAUGUUUAGAGCUUAUGUAUUCAUGGUUCAGUUUGUGUACAUAUGGCAUUUUUGACCUAAAAUGCCAAGACAAUCACAUUUUUUCUUUUAGCGGAAGACGACAAGAGGGACAUAACACAAGCUUAUAUAUUUUUUUGUAUUAAGCACUGAGAGAUUGAGAUAUAAGAAAAACCUUGUGUGGAAGUUACUUCUAAUUCCUAGCCAUUUCAGUAUUUUUUUCCCUGUAAUGUAAUGUCUUUGGUGCAUUCGCUGCAAGCUGUGCUUUCAGAGUUGUCACCUUUAGUAUAAAUCAUAGAAUGACAUAAUUUGAACAAUGAUUUGGAAAUUAAUCUUUAAUUGAACUUAA